CCACAGUUUGACACCCUCUAGAAGCGCAAAAAAAAAUCAGUAUGAUGGAGGUGGACGUAGCAGCAACUGCACUCCAAGGGGAUGUGGCUUCUCCUUCACCGUGGAGCCUGCUGUGCGGUCUCGCUGCGCUGCUCGUCCUCUGGGCGGUCUCACGGACGGCGGAGAGAUGCUGGCUCAGGCCACGGCGGAUCAGCCGCGCGCUCCGGGCGCAGGGGCUCGGCGGCACGGUGUACCGCUUUCCGGCAGGAGACCUCGCCGAGAACGGCCGGCUCAACGAGGAGGCGCGGUCCAAGCCCAUGCGGCCGUGCCACGACAUUGUGCCCCGCGUGUUGCCACACCUCCACAACACUGUCAAAGAACACGGUAACGUUUGCUUAACCUGGUUCGGCCCGACACCCAGGGUAGUCAUCGCAGAUCCAAAGUUAGUGAGAGAGAUCCUAUCAGACAAGUCCGGCCAAUUUGAAAAGUUCAUAAGUAAACGUCUUAGUAAACUCAUCGCACUUGGGCUUGCGAGCUACGACGGUGAGAAAUGGGCGAGGCACAGAAGGAUCCUCAACCCCGCUUUCCAUCUCGAAAAGCUCAAGGGCAUGUUGCCGGCUUUCUCGACAUGCUGCACCGAGCUUAUAAGCAGUUGGGAAAGUAAAUUAGCUGGAUCUAGUGGGUCACAUGAAGUAGAUAUCUGGCAGGAUUUCCAGAGCCUCACUGGAGACGUGAUCUCUCGCACGUCGUUCGGCAGCAGCUUCAUGGAAGGACGAAAGAUCUUCCAGCUUCAAGGAGAGCAAGCCGAGCGAAUCAUCAAGGCCUUCCAGUAUUUGUAUAUCCCAGGAUACUUGUUCUUUCCAACUGAAAACAACAAGAGGAUGAAGGAGAUCAACCAAGAGAUCGAAGGGCUCCUAAGGGGCAUCAUUGAGAAAAGGGAGCGCACAAUCGAUGACGACGGGCUUUUUGGCAAUGACUUGCUUGGCCUAAUGUUGCAGUCGAACAAGGACACUGAGACACCAAGCUUGAGGAUGAGUACUGAGGAUGUGAUUGAGGAGUGCAAGCUCUUCUACUUCGCAGGGAUGGAGACCACGUCUGUAUUGCUCACGUGGACCCUGGUCCUGCUAGGCAUGCACCCUGAGUGGCAGGAUCGGGCGAGGGAAGAAGUCCUGAGCGUAUUUGGCAAGGAUAAACCCAACUUCGACAGCCUGAGUCGACUGAAAACGGUGACGAUGAUACUGUAUGAGGUGCUCAGGUUGUACCCACCGGCGGUCACGCUGAACCGGAAAACAUCGAAAGAAAUGCAGAUUGGAGGCGUCGUCUACCCUGCAGGCAUACUCCUUGAGCUGCCAAUAAUCUUAGUUCACCACAACCCGGAUGUAUGGGGGAAAGACGUGUUGGAGUUCAAGCCGGAGAGGUUCGCCGAGGGUAUUUCCAAGGCGACCAAGGACCAGCCGGUCUUCUUCCCAUUUGGUUGGGGGCCGAGGAUUUGCAUCGGCCAAAACUUCGCGAUGCUGGAAGCCAAGAUGGCACUGAGCAUGAUCCUGCAGCGUUUCGAGUUUCAGCUCUCACCUUCAUACACCCAUGCACCGUACACCGUUAUCACACUACAUCCUCAGCAUGGAGCGCAAAUUAUACUCAAGAGUCUCUGAUGGUCAUCUUGUCUCGCAUCUUUGUUGAUGUCUCAUGGGGUAGCUAAUAGCUACCGUGAAAUGGUAACUUGUCAGAACACUAGGUGUGUAGUGCUAAGAUAUAAGAGAGUUUUAAUUUUAAACGGAAUUUGCUCAGUCAAGCUCAAAAUUGACAGAUUUA